AUGAUAAUUGCAUUAUCCGUGAAAAACAAGCUUGCAUUCAUUGAUGGAACUAUAACAAAGCCAGACGAUUCGAAAGCUGAGUUGAUCAAUGCAUGGAUCAAGAACAAUAAUAUGGUAAUUACAUGGAUUCUUAACUCCAUCUCCAAGGAGAUUUCUGCUAGUGUGAUUUAUGCAUCCACAGCACAUGAAAUUUGGAAUGACCUCAAAGAUAGGUUUCAACAAAAGAACGGUCCAUGCAUAUUUCAAUUGAGAAGAGACUUGAUGAAUUUAACUCAAGAUCAAAGCAGUGUUAGCGUAUACUUCACGAAGAUUAAAAACAUAUGGGAGGAAUUGAGCAAUUAUCGCCCAACAUGCAGUUGUGGGAAGUGUACUUGUGGUGGAGUGAAGGAAUCGAACAAUUACUACCAAAUGGAGUACAUGAUGGCAUUCCUCAUGGGACUACACAACUCAUUCUCCCAAAUCAGAGGCCAAUUGCUACUCAUGUAUCCACUGCCCUCAAUUAAUAAGGUAUUUGCUUUAGUUUCUCAGGAGGAAAAUCAAAGAAGGAUAAACACUGAUCAGAAUAGAGAAGCUACAUUUGCCUUUAAAUCUAACAAUGUCAAGAUGACAACCGGAUUUGAAGCUUACAGCAAUAAGCCACGUUUCGGAAGCACAGGUUACAUUAAGAAGAAGGAGAGGGCUUAUUGUGCAUACUGCAAUAUCCAUGGACAGUCCAUCGAUAAAUGUUACAAAAUUCACGGUUAUCCUCAUUGCAACAAACCAAGGUCUAGAGAUAACUCUUCGAGUCACAACUCUAUCAAUCAGAUAUCUGCAUCCUUCAUUACACAAAAUGAAGACAAACAACCUAGUAUACAACAACAUGGUAUUGGGAACUUUGUUCAAAACUUGAAUUCUACUCAAUACUAA